AUGGGUGCCAGAGCGCGACGACCAAAGUCGCCACCAUCGCAGCGAAGGGCUCCCCUUUCUUUGAAAGAAGGGAACGCCAACGGCAAAAUGAGCAACGGUGUGGAAAUGCGACGCAAGGCCUCCAAUAACCUCGGCAGCCCGGAGGCUAUCGCUGACAACUACAUUUCUCGUGAGAGCUUUUCGCUGGACGAACCGGUUCCCAAGACGCCGGCCGCGCGCAGUCAUGGAUUUUUCGAGCUGCCCAUACAGGACCAGCGGAGUUUCCUGUUGCUGGUAUUAUUGUACUUUCUCCAGGGCAUCCCCAUGGGCCUUGCCAUGGGAUCGGUCCCUUUCCUUUUGAAGAACCACAUGUCAUAUGGGGAGAUUGGAAUUUUCAGCUUGGCUUCGUAUCCUUAUUCGCUGAAGUUGUUUUGGAGUCCGUUCGUGGACGCGGUCUGGAGCCCCAAGAUUGGCCGGCGGAAGACUUGGAUCGUGCCCAUUCAGUUCCUCUCCGGCUUCAGCAUGCUCUGGCUUGGAUCGCAUGUCGAGAAGAUGAUGGAAACGACCGGAAAGCCGGGUGGUCCUACCGUCUGGGGCUUCAUGACGUGGUGGUUCUUCCUCGUCCUCAUGUGUGCGACCCAAGACAUUGCCGUAGAUGGCUGGGCUCUGACGCUCCUUACGCCGGCAAAUGUGUCUUAUGCAUCUACCGCUCAGACGGUCGGUCUGACCGCUGGCCACUUCAUGUCGUAUACCGUGUUCUUGGCUCUGAACGCCAGCGACUUUGCCAACAAGUGGUUCCGGUCGGUUCCUUCGGAGGAGGGGCUUGUUUCCUUGGGCGGAUACCUGACUUUCUGGGGCUGGAGCUACAUCAUUGUUACCGUUGGACUUGGAUUCCUGAAGCGAGAGGAAAAGUCUCAGAACGAAGACGGCGUAUGGGACGUUUACCGAAUCAUGUGGGGCAUCUUGAAGUUGAAGAACGUCCAGACCAUCAUCAUCGUGCAUCUCAUCGCCAAGAUUGGUUUCCAGGCCAAUGACGCCGUGACGAACCUGAAGCUCCUGGACAAGGGUUUCGGCAAAGACAACAUGGCCCUUACGGUUCUCAUCGAUUUUCCCUUUGAGAUUGGUUUGGGAUACUACGCAGGCAUGUGGUCGCAAAAGUACACACCUAUGCGACUCUGGUGCUGGGGAUUUCUUGCCCGACUGGCUGCCGCCGUGUUUGCGCAAAUCACAGUGGCCAUUUUCCCCAGCAAUGGCGUCACCAUGUGGUACUUGCUUGUGGUGAUUGCGGAGCAUCUGCUGUCGACGUUCACCAACACCAUCAUGUUUGUUGCCGUUUCUGCGUUCCACGCCAAGGUGUCGGAUCCAGUUAUUGGCGGCACGUAUAUGACUCUACUCGCAACUGUGUCAAAUCUGGGCGGUACAUUUCCGCGUUACUUUGUGUUGAAGCUGGUCGACUCCUUUACGAUAGCCACUUGCCGUCCUACACUCGAUGCUGAUACGUCCAAGGUGGAGGGACCCAUCAUUACUGAGGCGUUUUCAUGCGCGGUGCAAGCAGAGAAGGAGAGAUGCGAAAAUGGCGGCGGCACAUGCGACAUGAGCCGAGACGGGUACUACAUGGUGAACAUGCUGUGCGUUGCGUUUGGCCUUGCGUCCUUCUUGUGGUAUAUCAAGCCAAAGGUGCUGCAGCUGCAAAGCCUGCCUCUGCGGGCGUGGAGAUUGUCUCCGACAAGCGACAAGCGGUAG